UUUGAAAGGGGAAUUCCAAAUUAAUUGCGUAUAAAUACUAAACAAAAAUAUGUCAUUCAAUGUCCCUCGUGAUCAUUUAUUAUCUCCAAUUGAAUCAGUUGAGGUAUUAAGAACAACUCGUUUAAAUCCAUUCUAUUGCACUCGAUGUGGAACUUAUCAUGAUGUGAUCACUCCAUGUCCACGAUUUGAAGAUGAUAUUCAGAAUAAAAAUUCAUAUUAUUAUCAAAUGUACAACGUUGAUACUACUUCUCGAAAACCAUUAAAAAAGUUUUUUGAAGAUUGUCGAGUUGAAUUACCAACUACCGAAAAUGAUACACAACCUGAUGAAUUAAGUCUUUAUGACAAUUGCCAAAUAGUGACUCCAUGUAAUUAUUGUUUACCAAAUAUAUCAAAAUGUGUCACUUUCAAUUUAGAGAACUCGUUCGAAAAUGAACAACCUUCAAAUGAGAAUGAACAACCAUGUAAACCUUGUAUAAAGUAUGUACAAGAUAAAUGUAUUAAUGUUGCAAGUAAUACAGAUUUGUGUGAUACCGAACUAGAAAAUAAAUGCGAUACAAAUUUAAAAACUUUGAGCAAUGUGACACAAGGAACCGAAACAGUUCUAACAAAUGAGAAAGGAACGGAUUCAUUUGAUAAUGAUUGUACGUUAUUUGAACAUUUUGGUUGGUGUAAUUUUCAUGAACGAUUACAUGGUGCUGGUUUCUCUUAUCCGUACGACAGUAUUCUGUUACCAGCUAUCACAGAAAUUGAAGAGACACAAUUAUUAGAAGAAAAAGCACCUGGACCAUGGACUAAAGAAGGGAAAACUUAUCAUAAAAGAAUAUUAAAAUUAACUUAUCCACAACAUAAUCUCGAGUAUCAUAAAAAAUGUAAGGGUAAAUAUGGCAAUAAAAAACCAGUGCCAGCGUGGAUGGGAUGGUUGUGGAAUGCGACUGAUGAGUGUAUGAUGGGUGGUAAAUAUAAAUAUCCCGUACGACCAGAUUGGAGACCUGGCGCAAUGAACUAUAAAAUAGCCAGAAUGAUCAAACGACACCGUGGAGGCUAUGAAGAAAUUGAAAAACCAAAACGUAAACCAAAAAAACGGAAACGAGAAGAAGAUGAAGAUAUUCGACCAAUGAUUGUUAUAAUGAAAAGACAAGGAUGUUAUUUGAUAACAAUGAAUCCAAUAUUUAAUCCAUUUCUACCAAGUGAUCAAAAUUUAGAAUGUGCACCUAUACAUUUUAUAGUUGAUCAGCGAAAAUGUCAAAUCGAACGAGUUAAACCAAAACCAAAAUGUGAUUGUAACUGUGAAUGUGAUGAGAAUUUUGAAGAAAGUGGUGAAAAUAUGGCGUCUAGUUAUACAAGUGAUGAGGAAAAUGACGACGAAGAUGAAUUUGAAUUAGAGUUUACACCGCCAAUUUGUUUAGUUGAUCAUGAAACAUUGAUGAAGAAAAAGCAUCCUAGAGCAGAUACAGGUACACAAACUGAACCGAUGGCGUCGACAGUGAAAAUUGUUAAAUCAAAAAGUUCUGUAAAAAAAGGAAAAGGAAAAUCCGGAAAAGCAAAAAAAUAA